UGACAGUGAUUUGUUUGUGUUUUUCAUUGACAUUUUAUUUUUGAGGUUACAAAUUACAAUUACAAAAUAAGGAUUAUUUUAAAAAUCCUUGGAAUUAAAUUAAAUUGAGUAAACAAAGUUGAUCACAAAGUUUCAAAUUUAAAAUAUUCAUAUAAAUUAGGUAUUUAUUGCUUAAGAAAUUUAUAGAAAUCAUGUUUGGAAGUGUUAGAAUGUGCAGUAAUAUCAGACGGAGUAUCAUUUUCAAAAAUCAACGCAAUUUGUGUUCUUCAAUGAGACUUUUUAAUACAGACGCAACUGGAGUAGAAGAUGCUUCUACUAAGAUGGGUGGUUUCGCUAAAUCUUACGACAAACAAAGUCAAUUGUUUAAAGAGGAGCCUGAACAGAAACAGACAUUCGAAUCGCUGCUCAGGAAUUCAAAACUUAUGGAUCUUGGCGACCCAGUAGAUAAAAUUGUUACGGGAAAAAUAUUUCAUGUUGUUGAAGACGACUUGUACAUUGAUUUUGGUUGGAAGUUUCAUUGUGUAUGCACAAGGCCUACAACCAGGGGAGAAGAAUAUGUAAGAGGUGCAAGAGUUCGACUACAGAUAAAAGACUUGGAGUUGUCACAAAGGUUUCUUGGUUCAACUACUGAUCUAACUCUCUUGGAAGCAGAUUGUAAACUAUUAGGCAUCAUUUAUUCACCAGUACAAUCCUCUGUUAGUGAAAAAUCAACUUAGCAUUACAACUUACACAUUUGAUUUAAAAUAAGUGAAUAAAGUAGUUAAAAUUUGA